GCGAGCCCAGGGAGCUACGGGUUUCAGACCUGGGAGGCGGCGGCCUCUGGAUGCUCGGCCGCGCGCCCCCUCUGCCUGCUGCGCCCGCGGAACCUCUUCUUUGCAGCAGCCGGUGUCAUCCGCUCCCCGCCGCCUGCCUCCGCAGCGCCCUAACUGGGGCGAAGAGCCUUUUGGGCUGGAGAGAAAGGGACGCGGGGGUGGCCACGGCAGGCUUCACCUCCAUUUCCGCUCAUCAUGGGGGAGAUCAAAGUCUCUCCAGAUUACAAUUGGUUUAGAAGCACAGUUCCCCUUAAGAAGAUAAUCGUAGAUGACGACGACAGUAAGAUAUGGUCACUCUAUGAUGCUGGCCCCAGAAGCAUCCGGUGCCCUCUCAUCUUCCUCCCUCCUGUCAGCGGGACGGCAGAUGUGUUUUUUCAGCAGGUCUUGGCUCUGACUGGCUGGGGUUAUCGGGUGAUAGCUUUGCAGUAUCCAGUUUAUUGGGAUCAUCUUGAAUUCUGUGAUGGAUUCAGAAAACUUUUAGACCACUUACAGUUGGAUAAAGUCCAUCUGUUUGGGGCAUCUUUGGGAGGCUUUUUGGCUCAGAAAUUUGCUGAAUACACUCACAAGUCUCCGCGAGUCCACUCCCUCAUCCUCUGCAAUGCCUUCAGUGACACGUCUAUUUUCAACCAAACAUGGACUGCAAACAGCUUUUGGCUGAUGCCAGCAUUUAUGCUCAAGAAAAUAGUUCUUGGGAACUUUUCCUCUGGCCCAGUGGACCCAAUGAUGGCUGAUGCCAUUGACUUCAUGGUGGACAGGCUGGAGAGUUUGGGUCAGAGUGAACUGGCUUCAAGACUGACUCUCAAUUGUCAGAAUUCUUAUGUGGAACCUCAUAAAAUUCGGGACAUCCCUGUAACCAUCAUGGAUGUGUUUGACCAGAGUGCGCUGUCAACAGAAGCCAAGGAAGAGAUGUACAAACUGUACCCUAAUGCCCGGAGGGCUCACCUCAAGACGGGAGGCAAUUUCCCCUACCUGUGCAGGAGUGCAGAGGUCAAUCUUUAUGUGCAGAUACAUUUGCUGCAGUUCCAUGGAACCAAAUAUGCCGCCAUCGACCCAUCAGUGGUCAGUGCAGAGGAGCUAGAGGUGCAGAAAAGCCGCCUCGGCCUCAGCCAGGAGGAGCCGUAGGCGGGCUCGCAACACGCCGAGUACAAUCAGUUCAGGUUCAUCAGGCACACUGGGCCUUACUGUUUCAGAAGGAGGACUGAUGGUCAUUUUCACGACAUGCGUCAGCUCUUCUAAGCCAGUGUGACUGUCCCCUCUCCAGGAUUGUUUCAUUUUUUUUUUAAACUUUUGAAUUUUAAGAACUUUUGAAGACUCCCAUUUUAAGAAUUGUGAAAAUUUUACUACCAAAAGCUUUCUCCCCUGUUGUGUGUUCAUUUCAAAGGCUUGGGAUCAUGUGAUGUUUUUUCUUCCGUUUUUUCCCACUUUCUGUGUUCCUCACUGUAAAGGCUGCACCUCCAGACUGGAAGAGGAACACCACCUAUUUUAUGCUUUCCUGGGAUAACCAGGUGCCAAGGCCAGCAGCCUGCUGGCCACUCCCUCCAAAACCACUAUUUUUGUUUCCAACUGAGCACACCAUUUUGAGUAUUAGCGGCUGUAUUUCUAGACAUUACAGUCAUUUGGAAUAAAAACUGAAUUUCAGUGAA